CAGCCGGCUGUCGUUCCCGGGCGCCAUGCAGCCCCCCGGCGGCAACCGCCUGGGCCUGGAGCCGCGCGAAGACCUGCGACAGCGGCUGUGGCGCCUCAUCGAGAACAACCGCGUGAUGAUCUUCAGUAAGAGCUACUGUCCCUACAGCACCAAGGUAAAAGAACUCUUCACUGAUUUGGGAGUAGAAUGUAAUAUCUUGGAACUUGAUCUAGUUGAUGAUGGACCCAGGGUUCAAGAACUAUUACUGGAGAUAACUAGUCAAAGGACCGUGCCUAAUAUAUUUGUGAAUAAAAUACACAUGGGUGGAUGUGAUAAAACUCUUCAGGCUCACCAGAAUGGUUUACUACAGAGACUUCUACAGGAUGACUCAGCGACUUAUGAGUAUGAUCUUAUUGUAAUUGGUGGUGGUUCUGGUGGACUGGCGUGCUCGAAGGAAGCUGCAGUUUUGGGGAAGAAGGUUAUGGUGCUAGAUUUUGUUAAACCGUCUCCUUUGGGCACAUCGUGGGGUCUUGGUGGCACUUGUGUAAAUGUCGGAUGUAUCCCAAAAAAGUUGAUGCAUCAGGCUGCCCUUUUGGGUCAGGCCUUAAAAGACUCCAGGAAGUUUGGCUGGGAGUAUGAGGAACAAGUUAAGCACAACUGGGAGACCAUGACAGAAGCAAUUCAGAACCAUAUUUGCUCUUUAAAUUGGGGGUACAGGGUGACUUUGAGAGAGAAAUCUGUGACAUACGCCAAUUCCUAUGGCGAAUUCGUCGAACACCAUAAAAUCAAGGCAACCAAUAGAAAAGGACAGGAAACUUUUUAUACUGCAGGGAAAUUUGUCAUAGCAACAGGUGAAAGACCCCGGUAUUUAGGAAUCCCAGGAGAUAAAGAAUAUUGUAUCACUAGUGAUGAUCUUUUUUCCCUGCCUUAUUGUCCUGGAAAGACUUUAGUUGUGGGGGCUUCUUAUGUUGCUCUGGAGUGUGCAGGAUUCCUUGCUGGCAUCGGGUUAAAUGUUACAGUUAUGGUGCGGUCCAUCCUUCUUCGUGGUUUUGAUCAGGAAAUAGCUGAGAAAAUAGGGGCUUACAUGGAACUGAAUGGUGUAAAGUUCCUCAGGAAAUAUAUACCUGUGAAGAUUCAGCUUUUAGAGGAAGGCACACCUGGAAGACUGAAAGUGGUAGCCCAAUCUACAGAAGGGUCGGAAACUGUUGAAGAAGAGUAUAACACAGUUUUGUUAGCCAUUGGUCGAGACUCCUGCACAAGGAAAAUGGGCUUGGAGAAGGUUGGUGUCAAAAUCAAUGAGAAGACGGGAAAAAUACCAGUAAAUGAUGAGGAACAAACCAAUGUGCCCUAUAUUUAUGCUAUUGGGGAUGUGUUAGAGGAUAAGCCAGAGCUCACCCCGGUUGCUAUACGAGCAGGAAAGCUGUUGGCACGCAGACUUUUUGGGGGACGGUUAGAAAAGUGUGAUUACAUUAAUGUCCCAACUACAGUGUUUACUCCUUUGGAAUAUGGUUGCUGUGGAUUAUCUGAAGAGAAAGCCAUGGAAUUAUAUAAAAAAGAUAAUAUUGAGGUAUAUCAUACCUUUUUCUGGCCUCUUGAAUGGACAGUAGCCGGCAGAGAAGACAAUACUUGUUUUGGAAAGAUAAUUUGCAAUAAACGUGAUGAUAACCGGGUGAUAGGAUUUCAUGUUCUUGGCCCCAGUGCUGGUGAGGUUACCCAGGGCUUUGCAGCUGCAAUGAAAUGUGGCCUCACCAAGCAGUUGCUUGAUGACACUAUUGGCAUCCAUCCUACCUGUGGUGAGAUCUUCACAACUAUGGAAAUUACAAAGUCAUCGGGACUGACUAUCUCUCAGAAGGGUUGCUGAGCUUAGACCCUGCUGCUUUAUAGUUUUCCUUGUCAUGUAUACUUUUCUCAGUAGAAGAGUUUUUAAAAAUACCUAAAUAUACUCAGGUAAAACAGAAGCAGAGCAAAUAUGUUAGAGCUCAGAAAAGAUACAGGACUUUUCUUUGGUUGUUGCAGGAAAGAUCAUCGACAAGGAAAAUGGCAUAGCAGCAGGGUAUUUGCCUAACAAGUUUUGACUUCCUUGGAAAAGCAGUGGCGCUGCUUUCUUGACGUCAUAGCUCAGAACCCUAUUGUGAGGUGAGCUAUGACUGAUGAUUCCCUUGCGAGUCAGGACCCCUCCCUUUCCAGUUUAGAUGACUGAACAUCUUCCUGAAGGAACUCAUGAGUCACUCAAUUAGCCACGAUUAGCUUUCCUAUUUGCCACUUGUGUUUGUCUCUCAACUGUGUUAUUUGUAUAAAAAGUUUGCCCAGAAGUAAAGUUGACUGUAAAACCGCACUAUUUUAACAGAUCAACCUAGAAUUCACAGCAGGCCUCUUAUGAAUUGGACUUGGAAAUGGAAAUAUUUCUGAUAAGGUGUUCAGAUAUUCAGUAGGUUUAUCUGAGUGCGUGCAUUGCCAUACAAAUUCUGUACAACACAGAGGCCUUGUUGCCUGACAGUUUGUGAUCAAAUUGUCAGGUAGCAUAAGAAUGCUCUCCAUUCUUAUUUGUUUGCCCUUUGGCACUUUGGAGAGCAAGUCGGGCUGUAGCUUCAGACAGUACUACACACUGUCUAGGUAGUGUUCUCCAUAAACCAUUUUCUCUAGGAGUUCUUUUUAUCUCCCGCCCUUUUAGAGACCUGACUUGUGAUUUUCUCUUACUCAUGCAUUUCUUCAUAUCGUUAACACACCUGAAGCCAUUUUUCCCUGUAGUAUGAGAAAACAUCUCACCUUAGGGGGAAAAAUGCUUGAAUUUUUUUUCACUUUGGUCCAAAGAAUAAAAUUACAAGACUGUUUUCAAUAUUAUGUGAAAUUUAAGUAAUGUCAAAUGGUUUUAAACUAUUUAAUCCACGAUGUAUUAUGAAAUCUAGGUUCAAUAAAUGAACAGCUACAA